CCCGAUGAAUGGAGUCGCCUUCUGCCUGGUCGGGAUCCCGCCCCGCCCGGAGCCCCGGCCCCCCCAGCUGCCCCUGGGCCCGAGAGAUGGGUGCUCUCCCGGGCGCCCCCUCCCCUGGCCGGGGCCGCGCACGCUGCUGCUGCACAAGAGUCAGAAGGAUGGCUUUGGCUUCACCCUGCGCCACUUCCUCGUGUACCCGCCGGAGUCGGCUGUGCACAGCAGCCGGAAGGAGGAAGAGAAUGGAGGCCGAGGAGGAGGACCCUCCCCCCGGCACCGUCUGGAGCCCAUGGACACCAUCUUUGUCAAGAAUGUGAAGGAUGAUGGUCCUGCUCACAGGGCAGGGCUGCACACAGGGGACCGGCUGGUGAAGGUGAACGGGGAGAGCGUCAUCGGGAAGACCUACUCCCAGGUCAUAGCUCUGAUCCAGAACAGUGAUGACACGCUGGAACUCUCCAUCAUGCCCAAGGACGAGGACAUCCUCCAGCUGGCCUACUCCCAGGACGCCUACCUGAAGGGGAACGAGCCGUAUUCUGGAGAAGCCCGGAGCAUCCCAGAGCCGCCCCCAAUCUGCUACCCUCGCAAGACCUACGCCCCGCCCGCCCGGGUCUCCGCCUGGGCCACUAUGGUGCCUGAGCCCCUCUCAGCACUGCCCAGCGACCCCCGCAGCCCUGCUGCCUGGAGCGACCCGGGCUCCGGGGCCCCGACCGCCACCCGCCGCAGUCUGGACAGCUCUUCCUCGGGGAUGAGCCAGCCCCGCCCCAGCCCUGGUGCCUUCCCCCGGCUCCCCUCGGAGCCCAGGACGCCCCGUGCCUUCCCAGAGCCUGGCAGCCGGGUGCCCCCCAGCAGACUGGAGUGUCAGCAGGCCUUGUCCCACUGGCUGUCGAACCAGGUCCCCCGCAGGGCGGGGGAGAGGCGGUGCCCCGUGAUGCCGCCCCGGGCCCGCAGUGCCUCCCAGGACCGCUUGGAGGACGUGACUGCCCCCCGCCCGUGGCCCUGCUCCACCUCUCAGGGUGCCUUGAGCCAGCUGGGCCAGGAGGGCUGGCACCGAGCUCGCUCGGACGACUACCUGAGCCGGGCCACCCGCUCAGCUGAGGCACUGGGACCCGGGGCUCUGGCGUCACCCCGCUUCGAGCGCUGCGGUUGGGCUUCCCAGCACCCGUCUGCCCGCGCCUCUGCCUGCCCGCCCAGGGACCUGCCCAGGGACCUGCCCGGGCCGCAGGCCGCCCCCCAGCCUGGCCUGCAGGGCCUGGGUGACAUCGGCUACAUUGGGUACAGGAGCUACAGCCCAUCGUUCCAGCGCCGGACUGGCCUUCUGCACGCACUCUCCUUCCGGGACUCGCCCUUCGGGGGGCUGCCCACCUUCAGCCUGGCCCAGCCUUCGGCGCCAUUUCCCCCAGAGGCCUCGGAGCCACCCAGGGCUGUCCGACCAGAACCCAGCACCCGGGCCCUGGAGCCUCCCCCUGAGGAUCGCCGUGAAGAGGUGGUCCUGAGGCAGAAGCCGCCGACUGGCCGCAAGGUCCAACUGCCCCCUGCGAGACAGGUGAACCUUGGAUUUGGUGCCGAGUCCCCAGAGCCAGAGGCCAGCGGGCGAGGGGAUCGCCUGGGCAGGAAGGUGGCUCCUCUGGCCACGACUGAAGACUCUCUGGCCUCCAUCCCCUUCAUCGAUGAACCCACCAGCCCCAGCAUUGACCUCCAAGCCAAGCACGUCCCCGCCUCCGCUGUGGUCUCCAGUGCCAUGAACUCGGCGCCCGUCCUGGGCACCAGCCCGUCCUCCCCAACCUUCACCUUUGCGCUUGGCCGCCAUUAUUCCCAGGACUGCAGCAGCAUCAAGGCCGGCCGCCGCUCCUCCUACCUGCUGGCCAUCACCACGGAACGCUCCAAGUCCUGCGAUGACGGACUCAACACCUUCCGGGACGAGGGCAGGGCUCUGCGGCGCCUGCCCAACCGAGUCCCCAGCCUGCGGAUGCUGCGCAGCUUCUUCACCGACGGGUCCCUGGAUAGCUGGGGCACCUCUGAAGAUGCAGACGCCCCUUCUAAGCGACACUCGACCUCUGACCUGUCAGAUGCGACCUUCAGUGAUAUCAGGAGAGAAGGCUGGUUGUAUUAUAAGCAGGUCCUCACCAAGAAGGGGAAGAAAGCGGGCGGCGGCCUGCGCCAGUGGAAGCGGGUGUACGCCGCGCUGCGGGCGCGCUCGCUCUCCCUGAGCAAGGAGCGGCGGGAGCCCGGGCCGGCGGCGGCGGGGGCGGCGGCGGCCGUCGCAGGUGAGGACGAGGCGGCGCCCGUCUGCAUCGGCUCCUGCCUGGUGGACAUCUCCUACAGCGAGACCAAGAGGAGGCACGUGUUCCGGCUGACCACCGCUGACUUCUGUGAAUAUCUCUUUCAGGCUGAGGACCGGGAUGACAUGCUGGGCUGGAUCAGAGCGAUCCGGGAGAACAGCAGGGCCGAGGGCGAGGACCCCGGCUGUGCCAACCAAGCUCUGAUCAGCAAGAAGCUUAAUGAUUAUCGCAAAGUGAGCCAUAGCUCUGGGGCCAAAGCCGAUUCUUCCCCCAAAGGCUCUCGUGGCCUAGGGGGCCUCAAGUCUGAGUUCCUCAAGCAGAGUGCAGCCCGUGGCCUCAGGACGCAGGACCAGCCCGCAGGGAGCAAGGAUGACAGUGCUUCCACCUCCAGAACUCCCUGGGGCAUCAACAUCAUCAAGAAGAACAAGAAGGCCACCCCGAGGGCGUUUGGGGUCCGGCUGGAGGAGUGCCAGCCAGCCACAGAGAACCAGCGGGUCCCCUUGAUCGUGGCUGCCUGCUGCCGCAUCGUGGAGGCGCGGGGCCUGGAGUCCACGGGCAUUUACCGGGUGCCAGGCAACAACGCGGUGGUGUCCAGUCUGCAGGAGCAGCUCAACCGGGGGCCCGGGGACAUCAACCUGCAGGAUGAGCGCUGGCAAGACCUCAACGUGAUCAGCAGCCUGCUCAAGUCCUUCUUCCGAAAGCUGCCCGAGCCUCUUUUCACGGAUGACAAAUACAACGACUUCAUCGAGGCCAAUCGCAUCGAAGACUCGAGGGAGCGGAUGAAGACACUGCGGAAGCUGAUCCGGGAUCUCCCUGGACACUACUAUGAAACGCUCAAGUUCCUUGUGGGUCACCUGAAGACCAUUGCUGAUCACUCUGAGAAAAACAAAAUGGAGCCCCGGAACCUGGCCCUCGUUUUUGGGCCAACACUGGUGAGGACGUCUGAGGACAACAUGGCGGACAUGGUGACGCACAUGCCCGACCGCUACAAGAUAGUGGAGACGCUGAUCCAGCACUCAGACUGGUUCUUCAGUGAUGAGGAGGACAAGGGAGAGAGAACCCCUGUGGACGACAAGGAGCCUCAGUCAGUCCCCAACAUCGAGUACCUCCUGCCCAACAUUGGCAGGACAGUGCCCCCGGCUGACCCAGGUUCAGAUUCUACCACCUGUAGUUCAGCCAAGUCCAAGGGCUCUUGGGCCCCCCGGAAGGAGCCCUACACCCGGGAGAUGCUGGCGAUCUCCUUCAUCUCGGCCGUCAACCGCAAGCGGAAGAAGCGGCGCGAGGCGCGGGGACUGGGCAGCAGCACCGACGACGACUCAGAGCAGGAGGCGCACAAGCCGGCCGUGGGGGCGCCGGCGCUGGGGGCGCAGGACCCACCCGCCGGGCUUGGAGAGGGGGAUCCCCAGCUCCUGGUAGUUCAGUCGGAGCUGGGCACCUGGCCCAAGCCAGACACAAGCGCAGAAGGUCCACCUGGGCCUCCAGAAUGUAGCAGGUUGUGCUGUCCGGCCACGGGAGGCUUGGGCGAGGCCCAGGCCACUGCCUCUGUGGCUACCACCUGUGGCCCUGAUCGGUCGCUGAAGAAGCACUUGGGAGUGUGGGUGCAGGACGCGCCUAAUGGUAGCCACCUGGAGUACGGUGUGGGCAUGUGCAGGGACAGUGACAGGGUGUGGGUUGGGGCUUCCUCGCAGCUUCCAGGCUCAGAAUGUCAGGAUGACCGCUGGUGGGCAUCGAGCAUCGAGGGCGCCUGUUGCCGGCUCACAGACAUGGUAGUUGCUGGUUGA